CUGCGGAGCCUGCGGAGUUUUAGCCCCUGGCCCUGCUCAUCGCGGCGGCGGGCCGGACCGACCUACCGACCGACCGCCGCGCCACAGGAUUAAUUUAUUUUGGAAAUCAAGUUCAAUAUUAAAAGGAAAACAAACCAAACUACAUUAUUGGAAGCCAUUUUUGCUAAUUUUAUUACAUUUUAAAAUUUAUGAUUUGAUUUGAAUACUAUCAUGGGCGGAGCUGUGAGUGCUGGGGAAGAUAAUGAUGACUUAAUUGAUAACUUAAAAGAAGCUCAGUAUAUCCGCACUGAGAGAGUGGAGCAAGCCUUCAGAGCGAUUGAUCGCGGAGAUUACUAUUUGGAAGGCUACAGAGACAAUGCUUACAAAGACUUAGCCUGGAAGCAUGGAAACAUCCACUUGUCAGCACCUUGCAUUUAUUCUGAAGUUAUGGAAGCACUGAAACUUCAGCCAGGAUUGUCUUUUCUUAACCUGGGAAGUGGAACCGGAUAUUUAAGUACAAUGGUGGGCUUAAUUUUAGGUCCUUUUGGAAUAAAUCAUGGGAUUGAGCUUCAUUCAGAUGUGGUGGAAUAUGCCAAGGAAAAACUGGAGAGCUUCAUCAAAAAUAGUGAUAGCUUUGAUAAAUUUGAGUUUUGUGAACCUGCAUUUGUGGUUGGUAAUUGCCUCCAGAUAGCAUCUGACAGUCAUCAGUAUGAUCGAAUUUAUUGUGGAGCUGGAGUCCAGAAAGACCAUGAAAACUACAUGAAAAUAUUACUAAAAGUUGGAGGCAUACUAGUCAUGCCUAUAGAGGAUCAGUUAACACAGAUUAUGCGAACUGGACAAAAUACUUGGGAAAGUAAAAAUAUCCUUGCUGUUUCAUUUGCUCCACUUGUACAACCAAGUAAGAAUGAUAAUGGCAAACCAGAUUCUGUGGGACUCCCCCCCUGUGCUGUCAGGAAUCUACAGGACUUGGCUCGUAUCUACAUUCGACGCACUCUUAGAAAUUUCAUAAAUGAUGAGAUGCAGGCCAAGGGGAUUCCUCAAAGGGCUCCACCCAGAAGAAAAAGAAAGAGAGUUAAACAGAGAAUUAACACUUACGUAUUUGUGGGUAAUCAGCUCAUUCCUCAGCCUCUAGACAGUGAGGAGGACGAAAAAAUGGAAGAAGAUAACAAAGAAGAGGAAGAGAAAGACCACAGUGAAGCCAUGAAGACAGAGGAGCCACCUCAAAACUUACUGAGAGAAAAAAUCAUGAAGCUGCCCCUCCCUGAAUCUUUGAAAGCUUACUUGACAUAUUUUAGAGACAAAUAACUUAGGUCAAGAAGAAAGAAUGCCUACUGAUAAUUUCUUUAGUCUUGAAAAUGUAGUGUUUGUUAGAGUUGAAAGAGAAUUAUUUCUUUCAUCAGAGCGAAUUAUAGUGGAAAAAAGUAUAACUUGUUUCUGUCAGUAACAAAAAUGUUGUAUUAAAAAGUGAUUAAAAAGAAUCCCUUUUAUAAAAUCUAUUUUUUUUUAAAUCUUGGAAAAAUGCUAUUUUAACUCAGAGUGAUUUCAAAGUGGAAUGCAACAAUAAUCAGGACUUGUGUACUAUAAACCCUUUUCUGAUUCCUUCCAGAUUUGUAGUAGUGAGGGUUAGAUUUAAUUUUAUAUAAGGUUUGAAUAAUUGUUAAGCAUAUAUAAUCUGAUUUGAAUUGCGGUUGUUUGCAUUUCCUGUAUGAAAACUUUCUAUCUGAUAAGGAAAUCCAAUGCUUUGUAGACCUAUUUACCUUACUUUUGUUGCAAUCACUAUUGCUGAGUUACUGUAGAUGUUUUCCGGGCGAUAUAUGAGUGCAAUAACAAUACAAGAUACUGAAUAAUUUAGCUUUAAAAAAAAAAAUCAUGAAAUUUUACAGCCCUGUUACUUUUGCUUUUGAAUCUGUUGCCAAAAGACAUGGGGAAAAUACUGCUUCUCUCAUAGAGAUUUUAAGAGCAUAGCAAGUGAAUAAAGUAGGAAGAAUAUAAUUAAUACAACUCUUCAUUUGUAUGGACCCUUUACAUUUUCAGUAUUUAAGAAUAAUGAGGUUAUUGUAAUUCUCUAGAAUUUUAAAAGAUAGUGUAUUUAGGAUUGCUUUUUCUAUAGUUCACUGUAUAAAGUAUUUCGUUUUUAAAAAAUCCAUCAUUCUGUGUGACUCUUGAUAGCAGAGACAGCGAGUGAAUAGGCAUGGGUGACAGCCAGUUUCUUGGGUAGCUCUAAGGAGCAGGGCCAGGGCAGACUUGGUCAGCAGAUGCACUUUAGGAAAUGGAACUUCUAGUUUAUCUGAAUAUUUAUCUCUGACAAGGUAGGGCCAAGCUUGCCUGCUUUUGCUUUGGAUCUUUCUAGGAUAAGAAAUGUCUCCAGAAAUUGUAUGUAGAUGCCUUUUGCUUUGAAAAUCCAGGUCAGAAUUCUAGUUUAAUCUUUGGGACCUAUACCAUGCUCAUUUAAUUUCUCACUUUUUUAAAAUGUUUCUUUUGGUAAAUUAUAAUGGGUUUUAUUUUUUGCUUAAUAUCACAUUCUUAAACUAUCCAUCAUUUGAGUUUUGUUGUAGCUUAUCAGUGAUGAAGCAGGUAGUAAAUGUUUUCCUAGUAAGGCCUGAAAACAGUCAUUCCUGGUUAAGAAAGUGUACAACAUAACAUAUUUACUACUUAGUGUCACAUGGAUUAUAUAUUUUUUAAAGGGAAAAAUCUGAGUGUAUCACUUAUUACCAGCAGUAUCACUGUUACAGUAGUUGCUCAGAUUUGCUUAAGAAAACCCAGUCAAUGUAGUAUAGUGAAAGGAUUAUUAUCUCUCCACUAAGAUUCAAAUAUUGUGUAAAAACUCUCAGUUCUGAAAUCCCACAAAUCCAAAAACAGGUGUUUGAAAUAGUGUAAGCUUGAAAUUGUCUCAAGUAAUUGGGGAUAUUUUAGUAAUGUGAAAAAUAAUUUCAUAGAAGGUAUUUGUUUUAUACCAGUGUCCUGGGGGUGGGAUGGGGAUAUCGCUACAAUUUUUCUUAGACGAUUACUAAGCUGUUAUUAUUAAAUACCCCAUCUCGUUUCUGUCUAGGAAAGAAAAAAAUGAGUGUCAUUCCUGUUGUCAGCUUUAGAAAUGUUCAUUUUAUUUUGAAUUAACUGUUUGUUUUAGAAGUUUAAUCUUGAAUUUCUGCUGCCCACAUAUUUUUAUGUAGAAAACCUGGGAAGAGUUAUCUGCCCUAACCCCCUUCUCUUAGGAGCUGGUGUCCAGAUAUGUAAAGAUACAUAUUCUUAAAUGAUUUUACUAUUUAGGAGAGAGUUUUUAAUAAGGAUAUAUAUGAAGAUUGACAUUUUUCAUAUUGUCUUUCAUAAGACCUUGGCAAAGUAUACAGUAGAUUUUCAUGAUCAUUGCAUAUUUUUUUGUCAUUGAAAUAUAUCUUUUGUGUUUUUAAAUGCAUUCAUUUUAUGGUUGUGACUUCAUCAUUGACUUUAAAUAAAGAGGUAGAAAUGAAAAAUGAAAAUUCAGGUUAAAGCCUUUUUAUCUACUAAUACAGGCAUAUCAGAAUAAGAAUAUUGUGGGUUUGUGUUUAUUUUUUAAUGAAUUUUAUGUUUACUUGAGUAUGGAAAAUUAUGCUUUAUAAGUGGAGAAGUAGCAAAUAAAGAUGAAGUAAGUGAAAAUGAUGGGAAAUAUAGUCAUGGAAUUUUACAGCCAGAUGAAACAAUAGAUAUUGUCUAAUUUAGGCUUUUAUUUUGCAGAUGAGAAAAUAGGCCUAGAGAGGUGGCAUGUUUUGCCUCUGUUUUACAGCUAGUUAGAGACAGGGCCUGCAGUGGCACCCAGCGUCAGGUAAAUCCCAGGAAUUUAUCAACACCAUCAUAGCUACCAAUAGGGUAAUUUAAACCUGUUCUGCUUAUUGGUCGAAAUACGAGUAUUUGGUUCUAGUAUUAAUAAAGAAAAAUGUUACUAAAAUAGCAUACAUAGUGGUUAAAAUAAAAAGGUGUAAAUGUUGAUUUUUAGCUGUUGGAGAUGAUAAAGGUGACGCAAAGCCUGUUAAAUCGUUGUAAGACUUGAAAAACUAUUUUAAAUAAACAGUUACAUAUAAUUAAGCAUUA